GAAGCAUAUGAAAUCACCAAUGCACAAGUAAAAUUCAUAUUAGAGAAUACUAAUAUACAAGCUGAAUCCAUAUUAAAGGAUGAUGAAAUCGAAGAAGUUGUAAAAGAAAUUAAUAUACUAUUAUUUGAUGCAACAACAUUAAAUAAUAUAUUAAUCAGUAAUAAUACAUUGGGUAAUAUAUUACUUAUUGUUUUAGCUGAAGUAUUGAGUAAUAUAUUACUUGAUACUUCAGCUGAAGCAUCAAGUCAUGUAUCAUUAUUGCAACUAUCUUUAGCAACUAUACAAAGUUCUUUGCCAUCUGUUGAUACUAAGGCAAUCCUAUGUAUAUGUUUAGAAGAAGUUAAUCAACAAUGUCUAAUAAAAAAAUCAACCAAAAGACAUCGACCAGAAGUUGAACCAGUAGGCUUUCCACAAUCAGUACAAGUUAAUCAAAACAUAUCAUAUAUUCAAAUGACAUCUAGUAAUAAAAACAUCAAUCAAGUAUUUGUUAAGGUUAGCUCCUUAGCUGAAGCAAAAACCAUAUACCAAGAAGUCGAGCAAGCUUUAAUUAAUGUAGUUAAAGCAGGCAUCUAUUAUAAAAAGCCAAAAGAAGGUAAGUUCAUGCAAAGUUAUAAAGAGCGAAUUAUAAAAUUAUGUCAAGCAGAAGACCCAGAAGAAUAUAUAUUAAAGUUAGCUAAAACAAUAUUUCCUAAUGAAGAAAAAUAUCAUAAAAUCAAAGAUGACUAUAAAGAAUUUUAUAGAUGA